AUGCCGAGCUGGGAAGAAGCUACUGCCGUGGAGAAGCUCUCCUCCAACACGUACUCAUGCACAUUACACGAUGAUUGGUGCAUUGGAAGCGUUCCUAACGGUGGUUAUGUUACCGGAUGUAUAUUGGAAGUAGUCAAAGCGCAUUUCAACACAUCGUUGUCCAAGCAAAACCAGCCACAUACAAUAACCCUCCAUGUCGAAUUCCUACGACGGACGCAAGCCGGACCUGCCACAUACAAAGUCGAAGAUGUGAAGCUCGGCCGACAAACAUCCGUCGUGCACGUGACCAUGGAGCAGGACGGUCGAAAAGAAGUCGUCGCAUACGUCACAAACUCCAACAUGGACACGGAAACGGGCUUUAGCCACGAUACCGGAUACCGACCCUCACCACCCAUUCCAUCAGUAGACUUCUCGAAGCUAGAGAAAGACGAAGAUCCGAAUUGGAAGUAUCAAGCCGAACUGCCCCAUGCCGACUUUAGAAAGGCAACAAAGAGAGUUCAGUUCUACUUCCCUCGGAACAAACAAACCUCGACGCAUCUCGCUGACGAAUGGAUAUGCUUCUCCGAUGGGACUAACUUUACCAACUCAUCUAUUGCCUUUGUCGCAGACAUGUUUCCGCUAAUGGUCGAGUCGUUCAAAAACAAGGACGAGGGUCCUUUCUGGUAUCCGACGCUACUACUGAACCUAGAUGUUAAGAAGUCGCUGCCAACAGAGGGAGUCAAGUGGCUGCAGAUUAGAGUAGAGAUGAAGAAGAUGUUCAACGGCAGGAUGGAUUUGGAAGUGUUUGUGCAUGAUGCCGAGGGAGAUCUGGUGGCUUUGAGCCAUCAUGUAGGAUUCGUGGUGGAUGCUAGUAGAAAUACAGCCGCGAGAAAGCCGGGCACUGCCAAGAUCUAG